GCGGCCAUUUUUGUUGAGGGAAGAGGACAGACCGCAGGCUGAUGACUUUUCCUUUCAUUACCCAAUGUUCGGCCUUCGAAGCGAGCCUUAAAUUAUGGCUGCUUCUGUGCCGACGCAGCACUCGACUGGUUUUCCGGCCGAAAGUAGAUGUGGUUACUAUGUGGAAAAGAAGAAGAGGUUCUGCAGGAUGGUGGUGGCAGCAGGGAAACGAUUCUGUGGUGAACACGCUGGAACCGCCGAGACUGACGCGGAGGGAGAAAAUGCUCGGAAAAGAAUCCUGUGUCCUUUAGAUCCAAAACACACAGUAUAUGAAGAUCAACUAGCAAAGCAUUUGAAAAAAUGUAAUGCAAGAGAGAAGCCAAAACCUGACUUCUUUAUUCAAGAUAUUAAUGCAGGCUUAAAAGAUGAAACAGAAAUACCUGAACAGUUAGUUCCAGUUUCUUCUCUAUCUGAAGAGCAGUUGGAAAACUUAAUUGAGAAAUUGAGAAAAGCAAGUGAAGGUUUGAACUCUUCACUUAAAGAUCAAAUCAUGUCACAUCCAGCAUUGAAUGAUGCCCUUCAUGACCCUAAAAAUGGUGAUUCUGCAACCAAGCACCUGAAACAACAGGCUUCUAUUUUAGGUAACAUUGAAAAAUUAAAGUUACUUGGUCCAAGAAGAUGCUAUGUUGAGUUUGGAGCAGGAAAGGGAAAAUUAUCACAUUGGAUUGAUAUUGCCUUAAAAGACGCUGAAAAUGUUCACUUCAUCCUAGUAGAAAAGGUGACCACAAGAUUCAAGGUAGACGGUAAACACAGGAAGAAAAAUUCAGUGUUUAAAAGACUUCAAAUAGAUAUUCAACACUUGUGUUUGAACAAGAUUCCUGUGCUAAUAGAAGAAAAACUACCUGUGGUAGGAAUCGGAAAGCAUUUGUGUGGUGUGGCAACAGAUCUUGCAUUACGAUGUUUGGUUGAAACCUAUGCUGCCAGUUGUGAGGAAAGGAAUGAAGAACCUUUAGCCAAACGCAUAAAGAAUGAUAAAACAGAAACAGAAAUUAACACUUUGACCAAGGAAGGAAAUGAAAAAAACGUUCCAGAGAAGUGGACCCCUGUGGCUGGCAUUGUUAUUGCACUCUGUUGUCACCACAGGUGUGAUUGGAGACAUUAUGUGGGCAAAGAAUAUUUCAGGGCUCUAGGCCUUGGAGCAGUGGAAUUCCACUAUUUCCAGCGAAUGAGUAGUUGGGCAACCUGUGGAAUGCGGAAGACAUCUUUGGAAGCUUCAAAUAUUACCACAAAGAAAAAAGAUAAUCAGAAUGUUGAUAGUGAAGAACAUGAUGAUGGUGGAUUCAAACUCACAGAUAAUAGCGCUGAGGGUUUGCCUGGGUUUCUUACUGUUGAAGAAAAGAAGAAAAUAGGGCAUCUUUGUAAAUUGCUGAUUGACCAAGGCCGAAUCCAGUAUUUACAGCAGAAGGGAUUCAGCUCUGCUUUACAGUACUAUACAGAUCCUCUGGUGUCUUUGGAAAAUGUAUUGUUAACAGCCUUACCAAAUCAUUCAUCAUCACCGGAAACAACUGCUUAAUGGAAAAGAAAUUUUGAACAUCUGUCUUCCACAAAAAAAAUAAGAUUUUUAAUUGUAUUUUUAUAUUCAUGAAAAUAUAAUUUAAAUAGCAGAUAAUAUGAACUUUUUAAAAAUAUUGUAGCCUCAUUAAACUCUGGAAAUAGCUUUGUUUUUGACUUCAGAAGUCCAAAGAGAGAAUUCACCAAAUCUCAAAGUAAUCCUCUUCAGCAGGACAUCUUGAAUUAUACUAUCCAUCAGUAUUUAUAGAGAUCGGUAAAGUAGUCGAACAGUUGACUUGGUUAUCUGAAACACACAUAAUGUGUCAACACAUAACUAGCACAUUAUCUUUCUAUUUGCAUUAAUUUGGAAAAUUUAUUUUACUUUUUAUUUCUUUCCUAAAUUUUUUCACUUUAUCAAAAAAUUUAAAAAAACAAACAACAAAAUCAUUUCAAACAAAACAAAGCAAAGGGUUAAGUAAAGCAAAUAACCACUUUGCUUCCAACAUGCUCCUGCCAUACCCCAAGAAAAUUAAUAAACCAUUCCCAAACAAAGGAAUAAGAAAAUCAAAUAAUCUAAAAUAACUACAUUGCUUCCAACAUGUUCCUAUUAUUUAAUAUGUUUUUAUUUCUCAAGUACAAGAUGUAAUGACCCAAGUGUCCAUGUGUAACAUAGGCCAAUCUGAGAAUAUGGCAUAUGUAAGGAUUUUUUCCCAUGAAGAUCUGGAAAGGAUAAUUGCAAUUUUUUCAAAUGCAAACCAAUUCAAAGAUGUUCACAAUCAAUUAAUGAAAUCACCUUCAGAUAUUCAGAGCCAUACCUAUUUUAUAUAUUAUCAGAAUUUGUCCAGAAUGAAGACAUGUUUUCAAUAAAAAAACCCAUUUCAUUUCAUGUUUUGUUGGAUAACUUAUCUGGUUAGACCUUCCAGUAAACCACAUAUUUAUAAACAUAAUUCACAAAUUAAACUUGAAAUUUGCAAAUAACUUCUGAAGUUAAUUACAAUAACAGAUCUUUUAGCAGGCAGUGUUUACACAUACUAGUACAAAUAUAAGUAUGUUCUUUCCUGUUCAGGAAAAUAAUUUGAAAUAAUAUGGAAAUUAGAGAAUGGAACCAAAAAUCUUCUCCUAUUUAGGCCUUACUUAACUUUGUGGGUAGUGUCUAUGCACAAAUAUUUCUGAAUAUAGGGUAGCGCUCUUACUCUUCUCCACAUCUUAUUAUUAAUUUGUUUCUGCCUUUAUUUGUAAAAAUUAUCUUUACUUAAUUAUCAAUAUACUUACAAAGACAGGGAUCCAGAAUUACUAAUUUUAGAGUUUAUAUUAUUAUUAUUAGAUAACUUUUUAGCAUAUAGGUCUGUGACUAUGAAUUGUAAAUGAGAAACCUAGCCCAUUUUUAUUCCUGACCUUUUUACUUUAAUCUUACACAUUUUGUCAGAUUGCCUAGGUACUAAUCCCAACCCUUCUACCUCUUUGCUUUAUAACCUUGGACAAGCUACUUACUUAUUCUCUCUGUGCCUCAAUUUCCUUCUCUUAAAAUGAGGAUGAUAAUAAUAAUAAUAAUAAUAAUAAUAAUACCUACCUCAAGGUUUUUGGGAGCAUCAAAUGAGAUAACAUAAAAUGCUAGAACAAAUCUGAGCACAGAGUAAAUACUCAAUAAAUAUUAACUUAUGAGUAGUAAUUCAUGGAUCUAUUUUUGAUAACAUAAUAGGCAGGCUUUCAUAUUACUAUCUUUUAGUUUGUUACCUUUUUCCUGUUACUAGUUUUAUGUCAAGCAUUAUUUAAGUAAGUUAGUUUGGUUGUGUUUUAAGGUAGUUACUCAUGCCCCCUAAUCAAGAGAACGUAAAUGAAGAUAAUAGAGCAUUCAAUAAUUAACCUGAUUUUACUGUAACAGGCAAUGUUGGUUUGCAUCAUACAAUUUGCUUUGCAUCAUUCAAAAAUUUAUGCCCAGAAAUAAAAGAUAUUCUACAGAAAGUCAUAAUCUAAGUUAUGUUUCAUAAAACACAUGCAUGCACACACGAGUCAUCAUACCAAUAUAGGCCAGUGGCCCAUUAAGCCUAAAGAUAUGUCUCUGACAAUGAUACAAAAUACAUUAUGAGAAAAUAAGCUUGCCCUUCAACAUGCUGCCAACCUUACAUCAAUAUUGUUUUCCCCAACUUUUUUAUUUCCCUUAACAUAUCAUAAGAAAGUAACUAUGUUCUUUCUUGAAUUUUAAAUUACCUCUUGAAUGACAGAGUUACAUCAAAUUUAUUAUAUUAAAACUGGAACUCAACUUACCCUUCUACCACCUGAUUCUACAGCCAGCUUUAAAAUACCUCAUUUCUCCAUCUCAGCAUAAACAUAUAUCCAACUGCUGUAAUCAAAAACUGAAAUUUGUCCUGGACUCCUUUUUCUCAUCUUCAUUCAGUCAUCAAUUCUGUCUCCUACUUGUCCUGUAUAUAUAUGAUGUCCUCUGCUUUCCAAUAUUAGGCCCCAAACUAUACUAUACUUAUUAAGCCUUCAGUCUGUCUUUCAUGCUAUUAGUUCUGUGACCUUGCUGCAGUAGAUCUAAUCACCAUUUCCUAAACAACUGUCAUUGGAUUAUAUCCUCUAGCUGAAAAAUUAUUAUUGUUUGUCCACAGUAUACUUACUCUUCAGAGUAACUAGUAACUGAAUUUUGCAUUGAUUUGAACUAUACUUUUAAGUAAAAAACUUAACAUUUUGGUGAACUAUAAAACCAUGAUUUUCUAUUGCUAAACAUUUGUUUCAUUGUUAACAAAGAGUUGUGCUCUUUGUCCCUAAUUUGGUUUGAUUUAAAGUCUUGCCUUUAACUAAAAAAAAAGUAGCUUAAUUCUAAAUUAUCAGAGACUAUGUGGUUGACAUAUAUAUAAAACCUCACAUUUCAACUAUUGGUUAAAAGUCCAUGUUCUCGUCACUUUUUCAUUCCUAGGUAAAAUGGUUUUUGCAGUUUGUGAAUUGUAGAAAAAAUGGGAACGGCAGGAAGGGUAGUAGUGUUCAUGGAAGUAAGUUGGCAUUUACGACAAACCAGUAGAAUGAAGUAGUAAAGCUUUGAGAAUCCUAUCUUCAUUCACUUCUUGGUUACUCUUCAAGUGCUUGGCCAAGUAAUUUAUUUCCAUUUAAAAGAUAAUUGAAUAUCUUUACAAAUUCUCUCUCUAAGCCCUUAUUAGAACUGUGAACUAAUUUGAAUUUCACUUUUUUUCCUCCCACAAUACUGACCAAGAGACCAGAAUUGGAUGGAAAAGACAAGAUGAAUGAGAAAUCCAUGAGGGAAUAGAAAGGUAGAAGUUAAUUAAGUACACAUUCCUUUACCAAAAAGAAUAUUUAAUCCAUAUUGUACAUAAACUUCAUACCUGCUCUUCUCCGUGAUUCCUGUAUGUAUGUGUGCAUAAAUUGAAGGCCAAAUAAUUCCCGAUCCUCUUCUUCAUCUAUGCUUUCACUGGGAGGAAGUGUUACUUCCAAUUUCAGUGGGUUGUCUCUGAAGUUGACAAACCUAAUAGGUCACAAAAAAAUUUAAAAAAAAAAAAAAAACUUUUUAUAGAUGCCAUAGAAAUGCACAUUUAUUUCCCUGGAGAAAAAUCAAAUGAUAAUACACUAAAUUAUUUUUUUUUUAACUGGUUACAAUAACUGAACGUCUUGGUAAGAUGUGAUAUAUCCCAAGAAUCUUUCAAUUUCUUUCUUGGAAGAAAAAAACAUUAGCUUGAGACAACUUAUUUUCAAAGAGCUUCUUAAAGCAGCUUUUAGUUCAUAGCAUAUAUUUGACAUGUUACAAUUUUCACUUCUAAGAGCAAUUACAAUGCAUCUUAAACAAUACUGUGAACUUAAGUUUGCAUUUUUAUAGACUUUUGUAUCUUAUCAUUGUAACUUCACCACCUGGUGUAGUGCUUAGUAAUUGUUGAAUAAGUGAAUGAAUGAAUGAGUGAAUGAUUUUGUUAUGGAAGUUGUGGUUUUUGGUGUGAAUUCUGAUGCUGUCAGGAAAUAUUGGAAUGAAAGCACUUGAAGGAGUUCUGAUGAUAGUUAACUUAGUAAAAAGUUAUAUCUUCCCUGUAUCUCUAAAAUAAUUGCCAGUGUCCAUUUAUAGUUAUUCUGAAGGGAAAUGAUCACUAUUUAUAUUGCUAAUGAGGUUCAUUGGCAGUUACAAUUAUGGUUUUAGUUGAGAAUGUCAUCAAUAGAGGAUAUUUUCAAGAACUGAUAAAUCCCAGUACUGCAUUAGUUUAAAGUAGUCUUUCUUGAAUAAUUUAGGCCAGUAUUAUAUGAAUUCUAUUCAUCAAAUUAUAGAAUUUCAAAGUUGGAAAUGACUUUUUAAAUGUAUUCAUUCAUAUAAAUGAGAACUCAAAUUUAUUAAUAACAAUUUCUCUAUGUUACAUUGUUCUACAGCCAGAAAGGAACAUGUCAAUUUUGUGUCUUCUGCUUUUUACCUUAGAUUUGUCAUUUCUUCCAUGCACACUGGAAUAUCUUGCAAUUUAUUGUUGCUGAGAACAAGAGUACCCAGAUUUUUCAUAUUGCUGAUUGUUUCUGGCAUGCAUUUUAUUUCAUUCCGUUGCAACCAUAAUGUAUGUAGAUUUGUCAUUCUGAAGGAUUAAAAAAAAAGUUUCUGCAAUUAGUCACACAAUAUGAAAAGUCUGGUUCUUAUUAACUUAAAAAUCAAAGAAAUGUCACCCUUUAAAACAUGUUCUUUAACUAAUAUACCUAUUCGAUUAACUGACUUCACAUUCCCUGACUAUUAAGGAAACUGCAUGGGCGAGUUCUUGUCUAUACUAUAUGUCUCAUCAUGUGGUGGUAGAAAUGAAAUUAACAUAUUCUAGAACUAUAGCAGAUUCUUUAGUAUUCUCAUACUAUUUCUUAAAGAAUUGCUAAGAAUGUUAUCUAACCUGACCUUCAUAGUCUUGAGUGAACUAUAUCAAAUUAUUAGUAUGCCAAUUUAUGUUAAACCAAUAUAGAAUAAUGAUUAAUAGAACGGAUUUUGGGGCCAGACUGCCUAGGUUCGAAUCCUAGCUUGCCCACUUGCUGUGAUCUUAAGCAAGUUAGGUAACAUCCUUAGUUUCCUGAAGUGCCUGGCACAAACUAAGCAAUGUUGUUGCUGUUAUGGCAUUUCCUUCUUCAUUUAUUUAAAUCAGAAAGCCAGUGUCUCCUUUCCCAAAACUCUUAUUCAUUUAGAAUAAAUGUAAAUAUUCUAUUAAAACAUAGCAUAGUUAAAACCAAAUGAAUCUGUUGUGCUCAAUUAUUUACCAAGACUUUUGUUAGCAUAAAGUUAUUUUACCUUCCUAUGGUAUCAGGAAGUUGUUCAAGUUUGUUGCUUCCCAGAUCAAGCCACUCAAGAGCAGGCAUGUUCAAAACAGCAGGAGGGAUCGUAGUGAAGUGGUUCAUACUUAAAUCAAGGUGCGUAAGCUUUGUCAGAUUGCUGAGCUAAAGAGCAAAGCAAGGUUUUUCAGAACAAAUGUCCACAAUGUAAACUAGUAGGAGACUCACAUGGGCAGAGGAGAUAUUUCACAUCAAGGAAUGUUCAUGUUAUACUUGAACCUUAUUUAGUCAUAGUAAUCCAGAACAAACAUGAAGUAAAAAUAAACCUAAAGACCCUCUGGGGAAAUGAAAAACUAUCUCAUAGAAGGUUAUUCUUUUCAAAGACAAUGUAUCUUCCAAAAUAGCCAAGUUCCAGGGUUUACAGAACCUGUCUGGCAGAAUUUUAGUGCUUGAGUGCUUUGUUUUCUGAGAGUAGAUAUAUUAUUAUGUUUUUCUUUAAUUCAGCAGUUGAAAUUCCUAUGGGGAAAAACAAACUUCAAAAUAAUAAGUAUCUUUAUCAAGCCCUCUUCUUUGUGCCUGAUGCUUUACAUUAUCUCAAACAUAGAAUUUACCAUUUGGUAAUUUUCUUUUUUGCAAAUGAAAUAAUCAAAAAUCAUUGAAAAUAAUAUAAGAAACACCAGUGUGCUCAGCUUAAGAAAGAAAACAUAGAUACAACUGCAGCCCUGUGUGUAUUCCUCCCUUCUUCCUCUAAAGAGGCAACUACUAACAUGAAUUUGUUAACUUUCAUUCCUAGGCAUGUUUUUAAUAUUUUAUUAUUAUAUAUAUUUUUAUAAACAAAAUUUAGUAUGUUUUUAAAAUUUACGUAAAAAUUAUGACACUGCACUUAUCUUUAAUUUGCUUUUUCUCUUAAUACAGUUUUUAAAUGUAUUCAUGUAGAUGCCGGUAGCUCUAGUUCAUUCAUUUUUAAAUAUCUCUUUAGUUAUCUCUGUCCUCCAUCCCCCAUUGAAAAAGCUGUGAGCACCUGAGUUGCUCACCAUUGUACAUUAAAUUAAUAAUUCUGACAACAA